AUGAUUAGCACACUUGAAGAGAUCGAACAGGUGACUGCUUCUCGAUUCGUUGGUCUGGAGGUGGAGGGUGAUGAGGCGGGUGAGAUCGGCGAGCGGCGGCGGGAUGGGGCCGCGGAGGUUGUUGCGGGCGAGGGGGGAGAGGGUGUCAUUGAGGUGGUUGUCACGGAGGUCAAGGAGGCGGAGCUGGUCGAGGGAUGCGAAGGCGUCAAUGGGGCAGCGGAGGUUGUGGAAGGGGUGGACAACGGCAGUGACGUGUCGUUGGUGACACGGACAUGGAUGUCGUGCCCCCAUGUCAGCGGACUGACGGAGCUGCUCAAGGCUUGGAGUCCUGCGGCCAUCCAAUCGGCACUCGACCACCGCCUACACAACAGACGGGAGAGGCCACCUCAUGAUAGACGUAUCCACGGGCAAAAAGUCCACACCAUUCGAUCCUGGAGCAGGGCACAUUAA